GGAAAUGUGUGAAUAACAACUCAGGAUGAUUUCAGGGGCAGGCUGUGAUAAACUUUCAGCGUGAAAACGUCUCUUGAAGGUGAUAAUUUAUCUGUUUUUUUGUGUUUGAAAAAACCUGAAUCUGUAUUUUUUCUCUUUGCUGCAGGGAUGUAUCCAGCUGGUUUUGACUACAUGGCCCCUCCUCCCCCAUACCCUGGACCGCCCCAAAAUUGGGCUGCACCCCCUCAGAGCUGGGCAGCCACAGCCCCCCCACCACCUCCAGGUAACUCCAAGGCGGCUGAAGCAGCAGGCAGUGCGUACUACAACCCAAACAAUCCUCACAACGUCUACAUGCCCACGGAGCGGCCUCCACCAUACGCUCCUUUUCCAGACUCUCCUGAGAAGAAGAACAACUGAGGCUCCGACUCGCCCACUUCAGUAACACUCUCUCUCUCUCCCUCUCUCUCUCUCUCUCUCUCUCUCUCUCCCCCCCCCCCCCUCCCCGGUCUCUUAAAUUUAUCCUGAAGAAAGACAUAACGUUGACUGAAGGAUUCAGACUGAAGAAGCUCACAGAAAGAUGAUUCACAAAUAUUAAAAAGAGUAUUCUGGACACCGGGGCGAUCAAAUCCUUCAAACACUCUUCUCCUCUUUCACUCGAGCUCGUGCAGUCGAUCAUAUAAACCCUCCUUCAGUUGUUGCUUUCAUUUCAAUCUGUGGGAUUUCUUGCAGGAGGGCGAGGACACUUUGAGGGUCUGAGAGCAGGAGGCAUUAUGGGGAAUGUAUUUUCUAAGAGAUUUAGCGACAGAACUUUCGGAGAAUAUCUCGACAGUAUUUCUGCAGUUCUUUCAGUUUGCUUUGAUUGUUUCUUUUCCAUCUUCUGAGUUUGAAUAGGAAUAUAGCCGACUGAUUCUUAGACUACAGAAACCUCAUGUUUGACCAACACGAUGUUAUAACACAUCCCUUCUUUUCAUUCUUAGCGUGCGUUUCUUUAAUAAUUUAAAGAGAAAGAGUUUUUAGAAAGAGGAUCUGAAAGACGUCUUCGAUAACAAAUCGGUGUGUGCAAUAGUUCCUCCCCCCCCCAGAAGGUUAAAGGGCGGAGGUCGACCUUGUCCUCUCCUCUUGUAUUCAUGUAUGCAAAGCUGGGCUGUAACCAGACCACCACUCGUCGAUAAUUACUCCAGUGUGAGGUUUCAGGAGCCCCCCCCCCCCCCCCCCCCCCAAAAAAAGUUUAUUCCUGGUUGGAGCAGACGGGAGGGCGGCGACUGGACGAGUGACUCGAGGCUGUCAACAUGUUACGAUACUUUUCCAUUCCAAAGUCUUCAGAUCGCUGAGCGGAAGCCCCGCCUCCAAAUUCAGACUGAAGAAGUUCUCCUGCAACUUUUGCUGACUCAAGAACGAGAGAAAUUACCAAAUGAAUGUUGGGUGUUUUUUUUUUUUUUUUUUGUGUAACUGGAAUCCAAUGGAAGUUUGCACAUCCAAAUAUCUCAUGAAGUAGGAGCGUAAGGACAUCAAACUAUCCCAUCGAGAAGAAGAAAUCCCGCACACAACUCCCGCUCGCCAUCACCAACUCAAAAUGUCUCGGACCGUCCGAACCCCCGCCAGAAGAGAGCAGACUCAGCCGGGGUUAGGAGGGGGCGAGACGUUAGAGAGGGAGUGGUGUGCGUGGUUUUUCUCCUUGGAUGUGGAAGUUGAAAUGUUUGACAUGUUGACAGCCUGAGUGUAAGCUGCGUCGCUGCGUCGCUCCUCUGUGUGUGCGUCAGUUCAAAUGUUCUGAAGGACGAGUCGGCUUGUUUCAAGUUUGGGUUGACGUUUUAAUCAAAUGUCUGUAUUUUUAAUUUUCUCUAUUUCAGUUCUGAUUCCUCUUUUGUGAAUUUUGUCUUUCAAUUAAAAACCGAAUAAAUGAGUUUCUUCGUUGAACCUU